AUGGUAUCUUCCACAACAUCUCUUUGGUUCACAAAAGGCUUCACUGUGGUGGCUGAAAAUUACUGCAAAAAAUGUUUGAUCUGUGCAGGCUAUAACACCGCCCGCCCUCUUGCCUGCCCUCCAGCUGGUCAUACACCACCUAAUCAGCCUUUUGAUCAUUUGAUGAUGGAUUUCAUUGAGUUAACACCUGCAGAAGGUAAGAAAUAUUGUCUAGUUAUGGUAGACAUGUGGUCAAAGUGGGUUGAAGCUUUUCCAGCAAAGCAUGCCACAAGUUCAGUCGUGGCUAAGGCUCUGGUGACCGAAAUCAUUCCAAGAUGGGGGAUUCCAGUUAAGGUCUCAUCUGACAAUGGUUCACACUUUGUAAAUGCGGCCCUGAAAGAGGUAAGUGGACUAUUGGGGUUCCAGCUUAAGACUCAUUGUGCUUAUCACCCGCAAUCAGGCGGAGCAAUUGAAAGAGAGAACGCCACUUUAAAAGGUAAGUUGGCUAAAUGUUGUGAAGAAACAGGACUGUCUUGGCCAAAAGCCCUCCCACUCAUUCUUAUGCACAUGAGAAUGAGGAAACGUGCCCGGACAAAUCUUAGUCCAUUUGAGAUUCUGUUUGGCAGACCUCCCUACACUGGUCUGGAUCCUCCAGGACUCUCCGUGUCUACCACAUACUGUGAAAGUAACAUGCUUGCUUAUUGUCAAAAUCUGUCCAAAGUUCUCUCACAGGUGCAGAGUGUGGUGAAAGAGGCCCUGCCACGCCCAGCAUCAGAUCUGCUUCACUCCUUGGUUCCGGGAGAUUGGAUCUUGGUUCGAGAGACGAGGAGAAAGCACUGGCGGUCUAAAAGGUGGCUGGGUCCCUUCCAGGUCCUGUUGGUCACUCAUACAGCCGUGAAGGUCGCUGAAAGGUCCACGUGGAUUCACGCGUCCCACUGUAGAAGGUUUCAAAGUACCCCAACUCCAGCUGACCUCUCAACCACAGGGCAGAAUAAUCCCUGA